CUCCAUCUCAUUCUGCUGCGCAUCUCAGUAUUCAAGCCCAGGAUCGAUUGCGCCCAAUCCCCCAACUCCACCACGAUCGACGCCGCACCCAAAUCGGAAGCUACUCCUACGUCCCCAUUUCUUCUUCAGAUCACAGCGGGUUGGAUCCGAUCUGAUCCCAGUUGGCGUCAGCGUCGGAGACGAUGAUGUCGUCGUCGGGCGACGCGGCGGCUGCGGCGGCGCUGGAGCUGCAGGAGUCCGGGUGGGAGGAGCUGCGGCGGGAGGCGCGCAAGCUGGAGGGCGACCUCGACGUCAAGCUCUCCUCGUACGCGCGCCUCGCCGCGCGGUCCUCCUCCGCCGCCUCGGGCGCCGCCUCCCCCUCCGCCGACGGCUCCUCCUGGAAGUCCAUGGAGUUCGAGAUCCUGUCGCUGCUCGGCAAGCUGCAGGACGUCAACGACGCCAUGAGCCGCUGUGCCGCCUCCACCGCCCCCACCACGUCCGUCUCCCAGAAGCUCGCGCGCCACCGCGACAUCCUCCACGAGUUCACGCAGGAGUUCAGGAGGACGAGGGGGAACCUGAGCUCCAUGAGGGAGCACGCCGAUCUCCUCAGCUCCGUGCGUGACGACAUUACCGAGUCCAAGGCCACCGGUGGCAUGUCGCCAAGAGUGCAUUUACUAAGGGAGAGGGCUUCCAUUCAUGGCAGCAUCAACCAGAUUGAUGAGGUAAUUGGCCAAGCUCAAAGCACAAGGGUGGCCCUUUCCAAUCAGAGGGCCUUGUUUGGAGAUGUUCAAGGAAAAGUCAAGCAGUUGGGUGAAAAGUUCCCGAUAAUCAGAGGUCUUCUUGGCGCCAUUAAGCGGAAGAAAUCAAAGGAUACUAUAAUUCUUUCAGCAGUUAUCGCGGCCUGCACCAUGUUUUUGAUUAUUUACUGGCUUUCAAAAUGAUGCCAUCUCACCCAAAGGAAACUUCCCAACAUGAAGGCAGAAGACCCUGCCUCUUGGCACAGAUUAGCUGGUAUCUGAUAGCGUGUCGUUUGUCAUGCUGAGAAAGAGGGAAAGAGAGAUCAGUUUCUUCAGCUUUCAGUGAUUUGCCUUUGACUUCUAUACUACCUUGUAUCUGAGAUUCCUCAUCAAGCGUAUGUAGAGAAUUUUUGCUGGUUGAGUAAAUAUACAUGGUAACAUCGAGCUCAUGCUUUAGCUGUUAUUGCAGCGUGUGUGUUUUUUAUAUUUCCUCUCUUCUGGAGAGACCUUGGCUCUCUUGGCCUUUGUUUAGCUAUUUUCUAUUUUUUCAUAUA